AACCUCUUUUGAUCAGGUAAAAUAACCUGGAGCUGUGCGGGUGAGUUGGUGCGAAGUUAGCACAGGAUUUUCUGUAGCCCUGACAACUUCUGCAGGUGUGAUCCCCAGAGCUCCCAAACUGUGUUGCUCUGUCUUUUUGGAAGAGAAAAAUAAAUUAAAGGAACAAGGAAGAACAAAAAGACCACGGGUCAUCUGUAAAAACAUAUGGAGGACAAUAUGUAACCAACCAACACCCUGCAAGGUUCAAAAACCUGAAUGGCAGGUUUUGUCUCUCAUAUUUGUGCUAGACAUUUUCAUUUUCAGUCACAUGCAGAGUCCAAGCCUUAUUCUGUAUUCUUAACCCGAGAGGAGGAAUUCACAUUUGUAUAUGUAACAUCUUUGCUCUGUUUCUCGUUGUGGAUAGAAGCGAGGUGAAGUGUUGGAGCUGGAGCUGGGGACACGCUGCUGACUGCUGAUCUUCUGCAAUACAGGAAAACAGCCAAGGUCUCAUGCUGGCCAGACAGCUAUGAAAGUCAAUACUGGAGUAGCCUCCUGCAUCAGUUCUUUUGCCUAUUUGAUUCAACUUUAAAAGCUAAACUCUUCUUCAGAAAAUCCAACCAGGUGGACAGAAAUGGAUCUGAUGGAUGGACUGUUCGGUGGAUGAGGAAUUGGCUGGAUGGUCGCAGUCAGAGGGUAGUGGUCAACGGUUCAAGGUCCGGAUGGAGACUGGUGACGAGUGGUGUCCCUCAGGGGUCUGUACUGGGACCAGUACUCUUUAGUAUCUUCAUCAGUGACAUGGACAGGGGGAUCGAGUGCACCCUCAGCAAGUUCACAGAUGACACCAAGUGGAUUGGUGCCAUUGACACGCCUGAGGGACACGAUGCCAUCCAGAGGGACCGGGACAAGCUCGAGAAGUGGGCCCAUGGGAACCUCCUGAGGCUCAACAAGGCCAAGCGGGAGGUCCUGCGCCUGGGUGGGGGCAGGCCCCGCUAUCGCUACAGGCUGGGGGAUAAAAGGAUUGAGAGCAGUCCUGCCGAGGACCUGCGGGAACUGCUGAUGAGCCAGCAAUGGGUGCUCGCCACCUGCAAAGCCAACCGUAUCCCGGGCUGCACCCAAAGCAGCUUGAGGGAGGGGAUUCUGCCCCUCUGCUGCGCUGUGGUGAGACCCCAGCAGCAGUACUGUGUGCGGCUCUGGGGUCCUGAGCACGGGAAAGAUGUGGACCUGGCUGGAGGAGGUCCAGAGGAGGCCACAAAAACGAUCAGAGGAUGGACCACCUCUGCUGGGAGGACAAUCCGAGAGGGUUGGCGUGGUUCAGCCUGGAGAAGAGAAGGCUCUGAGGAGGCCUUUUAGAGGCCUUCCAGUACUUAAAGGGGUCUUAUAAGACAGAUGGGGACAGUUUUUAGCAGGGCCUGUUGUGAUAGGACAAAGAGUAAUGGAUUUAAACUAAAAGAGGGUAGAUUCAGACUAGA